AUGGGACAGGGCCAAGAGCAGAAGACCCGACCAGAACCCCAAGUUGAAAUUCAGGAGAGAGGGGAUAUUUUUUUUUUCUACAGGCCAAAAGUUGGCAAGGAAGAAGCUCACAGCGCUGAUGAUGUCCAGCGUUUCUACAUUAUUAUGCGGCCAGAUUCCGGUGAAAGGGCGGUGGAAGAGAAGCAAGAGCUCGACGGAGGUGACGAAGGUGCCAAGAAAGGAUCAAACUUACCCGGGGAACAUGGCACUUGCAGCCAGGAAAUAAACAUUGAAGAGAAAUCAUUGUUUCGUUUGAUUGUAAUGGGACGGAAAAGCCUUCCUGAUCCGAGCGAGAAAAGCCGACCUUACUGGGGUUUUGUAGAGACAGUUACCACAAAAGCAGAUCAUCUGAAGACUUCCCUUAAAGGAGGGGAGUAUGAAACUUCAACUAGAGGACACAGACAUAGUGGUGCUGCGAGAGCAGUAGGAGAAGGCAUAUACCGGAUUUUAAGGCACAUGGCAGAGGGAGGGAAAAGAAGUCAUACCCAUUUGAUCUACAAGCUAGAAUUUCCACCUGAAGGUGAGAAGAAGGAGCCUCAGGAAUCACUGAACAUUGAACGCGAGGGUUCAUUCAUAAUUCAAAUAAAGAACCCGGAAAAGGCAGGAUCAGGUGUCCUAAAGAAACGCAAGGCAGUAGUCUUCCCUGCCCACCUGCAAGGGCUUCUGGGUCAUGUCAAGUUCGGUCCCGCUGAUCCACCUGACUUUCUCAACUAUGAAGGAUGCGAAUUCUUGCUCAUAUCUGCUUCUGACCAUAUUGAAGAUGAGUUGGGUCUCGAGCUUCUCACGGAAGAUGCAUCCUGCUCUGAUCUCCUCAACACAUUUGGAGAUUCAUCUACAACUACAAGUCCCCUUCUCAAGGGAACUUGGGCCUGA